GCCCGCCGGGGCAAAGCGCCGCGCAGAGCGACCACGCUCCGGGGCCCGACCGAAGGGGGCGCUGCGCGGCGCUCGUGGGCGACCGGCGGACGGUUCCCGGGCCCCUCCUCCCCAUCGGUCGUCACCUCGGCGGGAGGGGCCCCCCCGGGCUCGGGUCACCUGGCGUCGCCCCUCUUCAGGGACAUCUGCGGCUGCCGGGCCCGGGCACCCGGCGGGAAGAGCAUCCGGAGGGAAGGCCCGGAGCCUCGGCCGAGCUCUCUUCGGCCAGCCCUGCCUUGUCUGCCGCCCUGGGGCUGGCGACGCCCGGAUGCCCCCUAUGCUCGCCUCGCCAGCGGGAAACUUUGUCCCGCGAAGUCCCCCACCCGCCUGACAGCGCGGAGAGGAGCCUGCUCAGCCGCGCGCUACCCGGGGUCGCAGAGCCCCGCGCGUGAUUGCGGGGGCACCCCGGCGCCCGGCGCCCGCCGCGCCCCGCCGUGCGCGAGCGGCCGCCAGGAUGCGCUACGCAGACCCCUCGGCGAACCGGGAUUUGUUGGGGAACCGAACUUUGCUCUUCAUCUUCAUCUGCGCCUUUGCUUUGGUGACCUUGCUGCAACAGAUCUUGUAUGGCAGAAACUACAUCAAGAGAGGCCUCCAGUUUGGUUGGGAGAAUGGUGACCAGCUGGCCAACUGGACGGGGCUUUUUAAUGUCACGGACGACCCAGCAGUGCAGAGCGGCAGUGACUCCAGCUCCAGGUACUUUCAAUUUUACGAGGGCCCUUUUGAAUAUAACUCCACACGAUGCUUGGAGCUGAGGCAUGAAAUCUUGGAAGUGAAGGUGCUGUCCAUGGUGAAGCAGUCGGAGCUGUUCGACAGGUGGAAGAGCCUCCAGAUGUGCAAAUGGGCAAUGAACGUCUCCGAAGCCAACCAGUUCAAGUCCACUCUGUCCAGGUGCUGCAAUGCCCCUUCCUUCCUCUUCACCACCCAGAAGAACACCCCCCUGGGGACGAAGCUCAAGUAUGAGGUGGACACCAGCGGCAUCUACCACAUCAACCAGGAGAUCUUCCGCAUGUUUCCCAAGGACAUGCCCUACUACCGGUCCCAGUUUAAGAAGUGUGCAGUGGUGGGCAAUGGAGGCAUCCUGAAGAACAGCCACUGUGGGAGGGAGAUCAACAGCGCUGACUUUGUCUUCCGGUGUAACCUACCCCCCAUCUCGGAGAAGUACACCAUGGAUGUGGGGGUAAAGACGGACGUGGUCACUGUGAACCCCAGCAUCAUCACAGAGAGGUUCCACAAGCUGGAGAAGUGGCGGCGGCCCUUCUACCGGGUGCUGCAGGUGUACGAGAACGCCUCGGUGCUGCUGCCCGCCUUCUACAACACUCGCAACACCGACGUGUCCAUCCGCGUCAAGUACGUGCUGGACGACUUCGAGUCGCCGCAGGCCGUCUACUACUUCCACCCGCAGUACCUCGUCAACGUGUCGCGCUACUGGCUCAGCCUGGGCGUGCGCGCCAAGCGCAUCAGCACCGGCCUCAUCCUGGCCACGGCGGCGCUCGAGCUCUGCGAGGAGGUGCACCUGUUUGGCUUCUGGGCCUUCCCCAUGAACCCCUCGGGCCUCUACAUCACCCACCACUACUAUGACAAUGUCAAGCCCCGCCCGGGGUUCCACGCCAUGCCCUCCGAGAUCUUCAACUUCCUGCACCUGCACAGCCGCGGCGUCCUCCGCGUACACACGGGCACCUGCAGCUGCUGCUGAGCGUGGCGCUGGCCGCCGGCCACCCGGCAAAUGGAACCUCGUUCCCCCUCGCCUCCUGGCAUUGAGGCUGCCAGUUCCUCGGUCGUUCCGCUUUCCUCUGCUUGGGUCCUGAGGGUCGGGAGGCAGGGAUAGGGGCCGGGGCAGCAUCAGCUCUGAGCUAGGCGCCCGGGGCCUCCUCAGGGCCCUGCACGGGCAGCAUGCUGCUGGGCCACUCCUCAAGAUUCGAGACUUGCAAGUGAACAAGGCACAUUUCCAUUCAAUUUUAGCAUCCCAGUGAGCACAAAUGGUAGCGGCCUUGUCGCAGCUAAAGGCCCUAUAGAGAAUAGAAAAGAGGGAGACCGCACAUGGAGCACCCUCAAGAUUUUAUUCAGGCUUUUGGGCUCCUCACUUUUAUAUUGAGGCCUCUACCAUGAGCUGCUCUCUAGAAUCCCAGAGCUUAGAUACCAACCCAGCGGCCAGAACUUCCUGGGAAGCAGAGUGGCUCAGGGAGGUCCAGGGCCUUGCCAGCCGAGGUCACUCCAACCGAGCCCUGCCGUCUAACGUGAAGCCUCCGUGUUAGCACCUUGGCUGAGACACUGUCAGCUGAAAGGAGCCACUCCCUUUUCAACACGUCCUCAGACACACACAGCCUGGGUGCCUCCGUGUUCUGUCCUGUGUUGAUCUUUUGAUAAGAAGGACCAGCCAUUUGCACUAAGGUUUUCAAGCCAAUGUUACCGACUCAAGUGCUUGCAGUUUGCUUCCUCUUGUCACUUUGUUUUCAGCUCUGUUUGACCAGGAGUUAUUUAACAGAUCCAUUCCUCUUUAUGUUCCCAAAUACUGCAGACUCCCGCUGUCUCAUGUUCCUGAAACAGGACUGUAAGGCUCCAGGCCAGAAAGUGCUGACAGCUGACUGGUGAGCUUAGCGCACCAUGGUCUCCCACACCAGCAUCACUGGGGGUUCUACUCACACCACACAGCCUGGCAGCCUUCCCACACAUGGACCUGCAGGGCUAGUGCUUCGGGAAGUGAGCUGUGGCUAGACUGAAAGGGGUUAACAUGUCACAUCCAGAAUCUGUUCCCUGUGUCUCCCCCGUGGUGUUCCCACCAUUAAUGAGCUGUGCCUCACAGACACCCUUGGUAAAUUGCCUUAGAGCUUAGCUUUGUGGAAUCAUAGACUGUUCAUGCUGGACAGACUUCAGCCCCUCCCUCCCUCCCUUCCAUCUCCCUCUCUCCCUUCUCCCCAUCUUCCUUUCUUCCCUCCCUCCCUUAACUUUUCCAGAAGCCUAUUCUACUUUGGUCCAGGUUGGGCUGGGAAGACAUGAUGACAAAUACAGGCAGCACCUCUGUCUUCUUGGGGGAGGCCAGAGCAGACAUACCUCAGCCCCUCCUGGGGCUCUGAGGAGGAUGGGGAGCUGGGAGAGUGCAGCAGGAGCAGGGCCCACCCCAGCCCCCUGCUUUCACAGGCAGAUCAGCAGGCCCAGUCAGUGAGAGACAGAGGAGAGCUCAGGCCCUAUCCCAGGCCCCCAGGCUCCUGAUCCAGGGCUUCUUUCUUGGCAAAAAACCCUGUGUUUUGGCUUGUACUUCAUGUUGGUGGAUAGCUGUGGAGCGUGUGCUCCACGCAUAACACCACUAAAUGCUGACCUUCCACCUCUAUUCUGAGCUCUGGUCCCGACUGGGGAAGGCUCAGGCUGCUCUGAGCCUCAGCCUGCUUGUCUGGAGAGUGGGGAAGUAGGCAGUGAGGCUGAGUAGGCCCAGAUACGUGGCAAACCAGGAGAAGCUACAUGAGGACGGUGGGUGGUGAUGCUUUCUUGAGCUCUUCCUGUUUAUCCCAAGGAAGGAACUGUGGGAGAGAUUCCCAUUAACUGGGAUUUCCAGCCACUAGUUUGUGGUUAAUUGAGCCCAGUUCUUGAAACCAUGGAAUGUCAGAACUGGAAGGCUCUUAAGACCAUUUUGUCCCACAUAAGGAAACAGACCCAGAACAGGGAGGUGAUCUGGGUCAGCAUGCCCGGGGAUCCUCUGAGUGCCUGCUGUGGACAGACGCUUUCUUGAAAGUCCUCUGGGUAAUAUUUCUUUGCCAGAAGGGGCAUGUUUAGGGGCAGUAGGGGUUCUGGACAUCAGGGUUCCCAUCACUGAGGGUGUCAUGGGUUUGUGUUGACCCCAGCCAGGGCCCUUGUAGCAUCUGGGGGUGGUGCAGAAGGGUCCAUUCCCACAUAGGAGUUAGGACUCCUGGCUCAUGGUCCUACUUCUGCUUAUGGUUCUUAGAGUAAAUCUCUUCGUCCCCCUUUGGGUCUCAGUUUCCCCAUCUCUCUAACUAGAGGUUUAGAAAAAAUCUCUAGGGUCUCUAUAAUCUCAGUUUUGGGGGAAGGUAUUCAUUAUAUAUGGAUCUAAGCCAUAAAUAAUAUUUAUCAUUAUAAUAGCUAAGAUGUAUUGGCUCUCAUUCUGUGUCAGGCUCUACACUAUGCAUUUUCUUUGCAUUAAUUUCUUAUAAUCAUCACAAACCCCCUUAGGAAAGAAGGCUCCCAUUGGACAGGUAAGGAGACAGGCUCAGAGUGAUUCACUGACUUGCCCAUGGUCAGGCAUCCAGCGAAGGAAACUAUACCCAGGUCUGUAGAAUCCCAUGCCUGUGCUCCAAACCUCUUUCUCAGCUGCUUCUCAGCCAGUGUCACCAGAGGGGGAAAUGAGGGAUCCUGAUGGAGAUAAAUUGCAUGGUGGCGCUGGGCCCUGCUCUAGAGACAAAUGCUCUAGGAGACGGUCACGGGUCUGGGAGGCUGUCUCUGCUUGUAAGUGUCCUCCCCUCCCCUCCCGCCUCAUACCAGUAGAGCAUAUGCCAUUCUUGCACUGCGGGUGGGGGCAUGGGGAUGAGCUGAGGACACCUCUACAUUUUGCAGGUGAGAAGAGAUGCCCAGAAAGGGUACAUGUUAGAUGUACCAAUAUGUUGGGUGACCUGUCCAAGGCCUCAUGGCCAACUUGUGCAUCAGCUGGGACUUCCCCAGGCCCCUGAUUUCCAGACCACACUCUUUCUCUCACAGCCAGUGUUUGUAGGGAAACAAUUUUUUCAAAGGCACGGAGAGUCCAGGGCAUUGACUCGAGAAGCCCCCACCAUGUUUCUCACAGCCCUGUCACCAUCACACUGUGCAGUACAGAUUGCUGGUGAAAUUCUUAUUUAAGGGAAAUCAAUUCCCCACAAACAAAACAACCACCAUGUCUUCCUUUGUGCUAAACCCACUGCCCCAGGGCUGAAUGGCAGCAGAAACAAGUAAUUGACUCUGUGCUUAGCCAAGCAAAAUGGAAGGUGGCUCAAGGUCAGAGAUGCACUUGAGACAGUUUCAGCAGUGCUGCCAGGGCUACUCAGCAGCUUAUCACCUGCUGCCGCCAAGGCCAGAGAGCCUUGUUGCUCCUGACUUUGCUGAAUGAGGGGAGCAGGCAGAGGGAGAGCCUCCUGACCACUGAGGGGCAGCAUGGAGCUGGCUUCAGCCAGGCAUUCCACAAAUGCCUGUGAGCAGUCACUUUGUGCCAGGCAUUGUACUAGGUGCUGGGGAACCAGUGACAAUCAUGAUGUAGCCCCCGCCCUCCUGGAACUGCUGGUCUGGGGGGCGUAUCCCGAGGCUGAGCCAAGGGUCCCACAAGCACACACACGAACUGUGCUGGGUGUCUACACGUGCAAGCUCAGGGACAGUUGCCAGGAGAGGAGGACAAGGGCAUGCCAGAGUCAGCUCUCAGUUCUGAAGGCUGGCAAUUGCCAAAGCAUUGGGAGCUUCUCAGGCCCCAUCCUUGACGUCCCCAUGACAUGUGACAAGGUGGCUUCGCUGCUCUUUUUGAGUCCUCUCCUGCGUUGUUUCCUAACACACGUUCUCCCCUGACUUCCCUCCUGCCUCUGGACGCUCCUUCUCAGGCCCCAUGGCUGAUUCGUCUUCUGUGAAGCUUCCUCAGGGUUCUCUCCUCUCACUGGUCUAGUCACAGCUCAGGCUGCUGCUGUCCUGGACCCACAAACCCCUUACCCGUGGGCCAGUUCUCUCUCGGAGCAUCAGAAGCAUGCUCACCGAGGCCUUGACCAUCUGCACCUGCAUGGCAUCUCAGACCUCAACAUGUCCAACUGGUGGUUAAAAGGACAGUCUGGCUCAAGGCACCUCCUACCGCUUACCACCUGUGUGGCCUUGGGCUGCUGCCGUAGCCCCUGGACGCUGAGUCACCUGAGGAACAAGGCCGGGGCACCAGCCGCCCUGGCUGUGGCAAGGGUUCCAGGGAGUAGGCUGUCCAAGGCCCAGCACAGUGCCCCACUCGGGAAAAGCGGGUUCCCUCCACCUCCUCCCUUCCCCUGCCCUCCCAGCGAACAGCUCUGCCCCACCACUGGCCGCAGAGCCCGAAACCUUGGUCAGCCUUGGCUCUUCUUCACUUUCCGUGACUGUUUGUUCAUCAGGUCUUGUCAAUUCUGACCCAUAGACUGAUCUUGAAUUCAUUCCCUACCUGCAAGCCCUCUGCCUGGCCCUGUCUCAGGCCCUUCUGGCUAAUCUUCCUGCUUCCAGAAGUUUGGUGGAGUCCAUUGCCUGCCUGUACCAUCUAGUCCAGACUCCUUACCCAGGUAUGCAGGGCACAUCCAACCCUGGCUCGCUCACCUUCCCAGAGACCUCCUGCCACCCCCACCCCACCCCCACCAGUACUCCUCCAGGAGCUGUGCCUUUGCACGGCCACUGGAAAUGCCUGGAAGAGCCCCUCGCUCCUGCGUUCCUCUCUCUCCCUUUUAGCCCGCCACUUUUGCAGACAGUAUCAGGCUAUGACCCCUGCAUGCUCCCCUCUGUGACCCUGGGCUGGGCACUCUCUCUCCUCUGUACUUCUGUCCCAACCAUCACUGACUUCUGACAGGACAUCCUCAGGCACAGCAUGGGUGUCCCUGUGUCCUUGGUUAAGAGUUUGUCUUUCCUCCUGGGAAGGACCAUAUCUAGUUCAUUUUUGCACCCCCAGCACUGGCACAGAGCCACAGGUUCACUGUAAUAGUGGGGGCUCUGAUUACCUACUGGGCUCCAGCAGUUCAAAAGCCUCCACUGGUAAACUGAGAAGCGCCCUGAGGAAAUGACCAGCUUAAGGGAGUUCUCUGUUGAUUGUUUUUUUUGUCGAGAACCUUCUGUGUUUGAACCACUAAGCUACGCAGACUCUCCCUGUCCUUGGAGAGCUUGGGGCCCAGGAGGCCGAAAUGUCUGUUGCGGUGGCUCGCCGGCUCCAUCACCCAGUCUCUGCUACCCUGUCUUUGUUUCUUCCCAUUAUAAUGUUGCUCCUUGCCGGCUAACCCAACCUUCUUUCUCUCUAGCUUAAACAAAAGGAGGAAAGAUGUUCUCUUUAUUCCUUCCUUUCCUUCCCCUUCCCUAGCCUCCCUCAAAAUCAUACAGAUUUGUCAGAAUCUUGAAUCACUGUCCUGAGGAGAAGGCUGGGUAGCAGUGUACCAGAGAUUUAUCAAAAGUGUCUUAAAAACUAGUGAAAAAUGCUUUGUUUAUUGGCUGAGAACAGAUGAGAUGAGCUUUGCAAAAUGUCUGUUUCAGAUGCCCAGUUGGAGGCCAGGAACUGGGGACGGGGAUGGCACUGCUCUGAGUUCAACACACAUACCUCUCUCUCAGUAACCAGGGCAUUCGCUGGGAGGAGACUGACUGGCUCAGGUGUCAGGGGAGGCCAGUCUCUAGGGGUGUGACAAUGGCCAGGGUGUGCCUUCUAUCGUUCUUUGGAAGCUUUCGUAAAGCCAGGUGAAUCUGUGGUGGUUGAUUACAUCCUGCAAGACAUCCUGAUAAAGCAGAUGUUCUUCAGACGGUGGACUGUAAAUCACCAGUAUCACAGUCCCCUGGGUGCCUGUUAAAACCCUGGCCUAUCAACUCAGAAUCCGGCGGAGGGGUGGUGAUACCUGGCAGUCAGCAAGUGUGACAACUGCAGGUGGGCCAGGAACUCCCACCUGCUGCAGAGCCCAGGGCCUGUGGUUCAGUGACUGCUGCUGGGUAAGUGGUGGUGUCUGGCUUGAAAUUCAGACUGGAGUCUUAAGUGUGAAAAGAGCGAAAAGAAUCUGGCACAUAGCCCAACUUGUGCAUUUUCUACAAACAGGAAUAUAAAAUAGAACCCACAAUUAAACUAGCAACAAAAAUUAACUGCAUAGGAAUCCAUAACAUUAACAAAAUGUGUCUUGUCCUCAACCUAUCAGAUUUUCCUUUUUUCUAUUUUUAAUUGUGGCAAAGUACACAUAACAUAAAAUGUACCACCUAACCAUUUUUAAGUGUACAGUCUAGUACGGUUAAGUACAUUACAUUGCUGUGCAAUCAAUCACCAGAAUGCUUUUCAUCUUGCAAAACUAAAACUCUAUACCCAUUAAAGGACAAGUCCACAUUUCCUUUCGCCCAGCCCCUGGCAACCACCCUUCUACUUUCUGUCUCCGAAUUUGACUACUCUAGGCACCUCAUCUGAGUGGAAUCAGCCAGUAGCUGUCUUUCUGUGACUGGCAUAUAGAAUCACUUAAGUACAAGCUGUUCUCAAAUGACAUUGCCCCUGUUAUAGACUUCUGAUUCUCCUUUCUGCCCGGAGCUGUUGUCCUGAGCCCUGGGUAGGUUCCUGGCUUCUGGUAACAUUGACACCUUUGCUGAGGGUCAGAGAGGACUUGCCGGCUUUGCCCGCUAGGCUCAGCUGUUCUGACCAGCCUGUGUCCUGAGAGACAAUAGCUUUGCUCAACUUAUAUAAGCCUUGAGAUAUUUUCCUUGCGUAGUUUCUUCUGUGAACCUUCUUUUUUUUUUUUCAUUUCAAAAAGAGAAAUAUAUACUACCAUGACUUAGCUCUUGGCACAAAAGCUUGGUAUCAGAGACUCUCUCUUACCAGUCAGGGGAUGGUUCCCUUGGCAACCAAGUAAUUCACUUCCUUCAACUAAAGCACUGGCUCAGCUUUGGUGUAAAAGUUUUAUUUCCUCUAGAAUUGUGGUUCUCAAUCUUGUGUGCACAUUAGAAUCACCUGGGGAUCUUUAUUUUAAAAAAACAUGCAAGGUCCUCAUCUGCCCCAGGAAUCUGAUUCAGUUGGUUUAGGGAUAGGACCCCCAUAGCCUUAUUUUUUUAAAUCUCCUUAAAUGACUCAGUUGUGCAGUGGUUGAGAUUCAUUGCCCUAAGGCAGAGGGUCUCUGGCUGCAUAUUGGAGUUAUCUGAAGAGCUUUGAGAAAUACUUGUGCCUGGAUAAUAGGGUCUGAUUCCCCAGUGUUUCUGUUCCAGUUGGUCUGAGGCAUGACCUGGAUAUUCGGGUUUUUCAAACUCACCAGAUGAUUCUAAUAUGCAGCCAAGGUUGAGAACCGCUACUCAAAAUCAGCAGUUCUCAAACCUGAACUUGCGUCAGAAUCACUAGGAGAGCUCACUGGUUCCUGGGCCCCACCCUGGAGUCUCUGAUUGGGGGAGCCCAGCGUGGGACCUCCCUCACCAGCUCCCAAGUGGUGCUGCUGGUCCUGGGACUACUCUUUGAGGAUCGCUGCUCUUGAUCACCUACUAACUAGCUUGGCCCUGUUCUGCUGCAUUUUAUCCUGAUUGGGCUUUGGGAGAAUCUGAUUCAAGCCUGAGGCUUCUUAAAGGUACCAAACAGCCUUUCUUUUUCUGAACAUUUUCAACAUAAGUAAACAUGAAAUAUUUUUAAAGCAAAUUUAUGUGGAUUUCCUUUUGCAAGGUGAGGAGGCUCAAAGUGUGCCUGAAUUAAGAAUUUAUCUGUGCUCAGGAUUAGGAUGCAUUUUGUGAUCAAAGCUAAGGGGUUGCUGUCUCUAUAGCCUGGGACCACCAGCCUGGGACCAGGUGAGGGGCAUGUUGGGACUGGUGCUGGGGCAGGAUCCGAGUGUCACAUCGUGCCCCCCAGCUCAGGGAGUUCUGGAUCCACUGGGAGUUGAAAGCUGGGCCCAGCGCUCUGCCCACCCCACCCCACCACACCUGUGUGAAACAAAUAUAGGAGGUGAUGAAGAAAUACUCCUCAGAAAUGGCCUGGGUGACCCAGGGACAAGGGUUCACCCCCUGUUGCAUUGUGCUCUUCCUUCCCUCUCCACUUUCUUUUGGAAAAGGCUCGAGUUGAAACCAGCUAGUUAGUGCCAGGAUGCUGCCUCAAUCUUCUCUCCCUCCAACUGAAAGCAAGUCUCCUGCCCCUUCCCUCUGAAGAUGUCCCCAGCAGUGUGGUCCCAGUGAGAAUUGUAUCCCCAUUGCAGCACAGAAUUCUGCAUUCAGCCACAGAGUUUACUAGAACUCCUGAACAUUUUCAAGACUUAUUAAAAGAUUACUAUUUUAUUGAAUCAAGGUCAAAGCACACCUCACUUCCCAGGACCACUUACCCAGCAGGUUAGCUUAGCCCCUAGGUAGCUGGGGACUCCAGGGAAGGAAAAUUAAUUUUGAGCUCCUGAAACAGAUGCUUUAGAUCAAACAUUUGGUUAAUACCAAAUCCUUUGUGGUGUUCGUUUUCAUUUUAAAUCCCAUUCUAGUGAACUUGAUUCUGGUUUCUAAUAAUAAAAUAUGCUAAGAGAAUCAUAAAAGGUGCUAGAUAAAGCAUGACGUGGCAGCUAAUAGCCUAAAUAUAAUGGCAUUAAAAGACCAAAACUCUAAUUCUCAGAAAACACCCAGUGACCUAAGGCAGGGGGUACAUAUACUGUGGUAAACCCGAGGGCAACGAGGAGGGCAUUUCAGAUCGGUUCACCCUGCAACAUCUGCAACCACAUAGAUGAACAAAGCACUCAGACAACAUUCGGUAUACUGCAUGAAGAGAAGCAGGCUUACUCAUUUUGGAAAUAUUUCCCUUCCCAAACACUUAAAACCUAUUCAUAGAAAUCCUGGUACUUAAAAGAUUAGCCUUUAGCUAUCUUGAAAUUCAGGUGGGUGAAAUAGUUCAUUAUCUGAUGAUGCAGGAUAAAUGAGAUGGUAGGAGGAGUCCCUGGACUUAUAUUUUCCCUCGGAUGUUUGCUACUCUCCCCCAAGAAGAAAGUACAGGAGGAGGGGGAAACCCACCACCUCUGCCUUCCCAUCUUAAAGGGAACUUUCCGCGUGGUCAGUGGGGCCAGGGUGCUCUUGUUCUGUACCUCUGCUUCCACUGUGGUGUCCUUAUCACACGCAGGAGCAUGAGUCAGGAUCCAGCUGGGGUGGAGGAAGGCUCUGCAGUGACUCUGAUUAUUUGUGAAUUUGAGAAUAGGACUUUUUUUGCCCCCUAGGGGAGCACCUCUACUUUUUAAACACCUUCCCCAUCUGUUUCCUCCUGGGGCCUAUGGGAAGCGUAGAGAGUGAGUGGCAUCCGCUCUUGACUGGGGCCCAGAAAGAUGACAGUGGUGUGCUGCAUGUCCUGUGGGAUGGGGGUGAUGCUCUGGUGUUGGGUGCCCAAGCCUCCCAAGGGGUCGGGGGAGGUGGCCAUGUUCUGCUUUACCCCCUAAGGCCCCUCUACUUUCUUCUUUCUGGGAUUGUCAGGCUGAUUGGAGUCUGAUCCAGGCCUAGGCUCUACCCCGGGGCCUCAUGCACUGCCUACUGUCUAUGUGGAGGGGGCUUUUUGGUAUUUAUUUCUCUUUGGGCCCCAAGCCCAGGGCACUCGGAGCCAGAGCACUGGAUGGCUGUACCUGGUGGUUAGGAGGGAAGGAAGCUGUACCUGGCAGGGGGUCACCCAGGGCCACAGGCCUGAGCAAAGCAGGAGUGUGGAGGGAGCUGGCAUCAGACCCAGCGGCGCAGCCCCCUGGUGCUGUGGCUCUUUGGGAGGAGACUGGGGCGUCCCAAGUGACAGCUCGUCCAGCCCACCCGGGAGCCAGCCCUCCCUCCCCUUUCUCCAGCAGGACCCUUGGUCUCCACUGGGGCUGGCUUCUGAGCAAGUCUCUCUGCCCAGGGUUGCUUUGGGGAGGGGGUGCAGCUGGUCCUCCCUGGGACUCCCACACUUGGUACAUGUGUUUUAGGGAUGUGGCAGGGUCUUGGUGGCCUGCAAACUUCGUCUUUGGACCCAACUGACCUCCCUUCAGAAAGCCAUAACUCUUCUUCAAAGCUGUAUUGUUAACUGUGAAAUACAUGUGUACGUAUUUUUUUAACUUACUACUUUAUCUCAAUAAGAGAACAAUGGGUUACUCAGUCCCACAGUUUGGGAGUCACCUCACUCCCCAAAUGAAGCCAGGGCCGGCGAGGGAGGUCCGCAGAGGAACAGCGGAAACCUUCUGCCCUUGGGCCUCCCUUGCAGGCAUGGCCCCACACCUGCUCACGGCUUCAGCCAAGCUUGUCAGUUUCCAGGAAGCCUGCCUGCAGGCUCACACACAGGCCAAGGAGUUUGCCCCUGAGGGGUUGGUGGCGCGACUCUUCCCUGAGUGACCUUCCGGGUGUGAAGACCCAGUGGUCACAUGGAAGUGACCUUUGUAUGCUCCUCCUCAGCUCUAUCCCUCCCUUGCUUUCUCCUCUCCCAAGAGCGGAAUCACACUGCACUGUGCUCCGUAGAAUCUUUCCCUUAGAGAAGAAAAGCAUGAUGGAGAAAUCCUUUGCUGGGACGUAGAGACCCCCUGGAUCUGUGGGUGGAGCGGGAGCAGAACUUAAAGAUCCCUCGCUGGCUCUGUUCACUUGCUCCCUCCCAUGGCCCUGGAGAGAAUGCUCUGCACCUUUCCAAAGGUCGGGGGAGGUGAGGCUAAAGAUCUUACCUUAUUUUCAUGCAAAUUUCGGUCAGGAGCAGUGGUUCAUUACAAACUUGCAGCAAAACUCCAGCUUGUGUGUGGCUGUCCUUGAGUGAUUCUGAAGUGAUGACUGUGACUUAUGCCUCAGAACAUAAUCAGGGUACUUUGUAUCUGUCACUGUGUUUGAAAGGCUCUCAAUUUUCAUCCAAUAAAACCAAUCAAAUGGUUCAUCA